AUGACUAUGGUGUUUGGAGAUUUUGUUGCAGGAUUCCUUAAUAGAGAUGAAGACAAAAUUGGAGAGGCUGACUGUGCCAAAAGGUGCUAUGACUUCUACUUCACAUUCAGAUCUCGACACCCAACUUCUAUUAAUGUGGAUGAUGAGAUUGGCAAAUCAGGUCAGCCUAUUGUAUUUACUGAUAGAAUCCAAUGUGAAGCCACUUUCGACGCAUUUGGGUUUGUACAAGCUUCUAAACGUGAUGGUACACUUACACUUCAUGAUCCUAUCUUCAACUUCACUUGUAUUACUGAAAGCAGUCGCAACGCUUGUGAUGUUAUUGGCGUUCAUCUAUUGCUGGAUGAUGCAUACAUGGUAACUACCGAGCCCCAAGUUAUUCUGAUUCAAUUAAUACCUAUUUGA